UUUGCAAAAUUCAAACGUUUUUACUUCUAAAAUUCGAACGUUUUUUUCCCAAAUUCAAACGUUUUUUUCCAAAAUUUAAAUUUUGGCUAUUUAAAUUUCUAACGUUUGAUAAAAAGCGGAUAUUUUAGAUUUGAGAAAACUGAUGAGAGAAGGGUAGAACUGCUGAUAAAAAGUUUAGGAAAACCUACUGUGAGGAAUGAUGGAACGACGGGUUGAUGAGAACCCAGUAGGUUCUCUACCCUGUACACCUAAACUAAAUAAUCCUCCCCAGAUAUAUAUAGAUUUCCCUCAGCACUGUAGACUCUUUCAACAACAUAUGAAGAUUGUAAAUCUACAAUUUGAGAAGAUCAAGGAUUCCGUCCUGGAGUUGUACAGGGAUGUGACCAGUAAGAAGUGUGUCUCCAACUACCAGAAGAUCGAGAUGAUCGUCCUUGAUUGUGCAGAUAUUAAGUCUGAGAUCGAUGAGGCGGACGGGUUGCUGGAGCAGAGCAGGAUGGAUUUCAAAAAGAAAUGGGAAUAUGAACUAUACAGGAUACAGUUAGAACAGAAGAUGUAUCAAGGACAGCUUACCGAGCUGUCAAGCCUCAAGGAGGACCUGAGCAGAAUACUCAAGAUUGCACAACAAUUAGAACCUUAUGUCAAGACUGCGCCAUCUAAACCAGAGGAAAUACCACACUUAGAAACUCAGCAAAGGAUGGAGAGUAAACCCAACCCAUCCUAUAGAUCAGAGAGAGUAGAGAGAGGAGAAGAGAAAAGGUUUCAAGACUAUAGAGCACAGAAACCUGGGGCUCUUGUAGAGACAAAACCUAGCCAGCAGAACCAACUAGUCAUGGAGCAGUAUACAAAGAACGAAAAUACUCCUCCUAGCUCUAGGCAGCAGAGUAAAUCCUUGCCAAGACGGAACAAGGCGGAGUAUUUCCAAGGAGAUUACGGAGACCAGUUUAUCCCUCCCUACGAGGAUAAGAACGGGUUUGUGUGGGAGUGUGAACCACCUAAACAAGGAAUUAUCAGCUCCAUCCUAGACAAAGUUUGUUUAAAAAAUGAUUUAUCCUUAGAAUGUUUACCCUGGAGAACUGAAUCCUUAUCCUACAGAAACUGUUCUGAAAAUAUGAAAUGUGAGAAGGAUUCGUCCCGAAGAUCACAGGAGGACCUGGAUUUUGUUCAGAAACCUUACGAACCUCCAUGCCUGGGUAAGUCCUCCAGAAUAACGCCUGUUAAGACUGGGAACGAGGAUAUUCCUCCCGGAGUGAAACCUCUCAAAUAUUCAGACUCUAUAGAGGUUCUUAGUGUAAUCAGAUACAAUAACAAAAUGAAAACUGGGAACAGUCCUUCUCCAGUUAGUUUUGACAGUGGUUCGGAUGGAGACUCAAUCUACGGACAACCAAACAUUAAAGAGGUUAAACUAGGCCAGGAGAAGAUGGAAGUGAGCAGAAAGCAUAAAGGACGAGAGAUGAGUCGAUCCAUGUCGAUUUCUCAUCCUCCAGGAGAUGACUCAGAUCAAAGGGAGGAUGAGAUUAAACCUGAGAAAAGAUUUUUCUCUUUGGGUCGUUCUCAUCACAAGGAUGUAUUCUCCAAGUACGAGGAGGAGGAAAAGAGAGCUUGCAUGGGUUCUACAGAUCUAAGAAAACUGCACUGUUCAGAACCAUCUAUUAUCAGGAUCCCCCAACCUGUUGAACCUCUUUCAGAUCGUCUUCCUAAUAUUUCAUUCCAGGGACAAACAAUGGACGAUAACAAGAACUUUGAGGAAAAGAGAAAUUAUCAACAAGACUUUGUAAGCAAGAGACAAUUCCAACAAGAUUUAGGGGAUAAUAGACAGUAUCAACAGGAAUUAGCGGACAAAAGACAGCUUCAACAGGAUUUUGUGGAGAAGAGACAGUAUCAUGAAAAUUCAGGAGAAAAAAGACAGUUUCAACAAGAUUUAGUUGACACAAGACAAUGCCAACAAGAUUUAGGAGAAAGAAGACAAUAUGAACAAGAAUCAAUUGACAAGAGAAACUACCAACAAGAAGUAGGAGAAAAGAGGCAAUAUCAACGAGAGUUAGCGGAGAAAAGGCAGUUUCAACAAGAUCUGGAAUCUCAGAAAAAUGUCCAACCUAUUAGACAAAGACACCAAUCUCAAGCUUCCCAGCUCUCCAAUCAGCCUCAAACUCCUUGCUCUCCACUUUUCUCUCAAGACAAUCUGGAGAAUGAACCGGUAUACAGGGAACCAUUAAAACUCAAUAACAGACAUUUAGAUUUGAUUGGACAACUUAUUAGUCCGAACAAUAGAGAUCAAGCUCAUCAGAUUCAGCUCCUCAGCCAGCUUUUGCAAUCCGAUCUCACACGAUUUAAAACCUUAAAUACAGAGGUGCUUCCAGAGACUCAGCUCAGAUCUCAAGGUGAGUAUUCAGAGCGAAGUAUCACGUACACCAACUCUGCAGGUCCUGCUCCUACCCGAGGAUUUAUACAAUCCGGAGAAAACGAACCUGUUCACGAUUCUUAUUGUGAGAUGAACCGUGAUGUUCGAGUAGAGGAUCGGAAAUACAACGACCUCGAGGAAAGUAGGAUUAAGAUACCUCAGGAAGAUUUGAUUCAACAAUUACUCCAGGCUGAAUUAAACCAGGGAAACUUUAACAAGUCUGAUCUCCUGGAUCAACUCCUGGGAAUCGAUCAUUCAAGAGAUCCUAGAUCAAACAAAUCGAAAGAACAAGAUAUUCCGAUGAAUUCUUUUCAAACAAAUAGAUCUGAGAAUUCUAAAACCUUACCGAGAAACCGAGAUUCCUUUGAGGAUAAGAGAAGAGUCAUCAAAGAUAAAGGAUGUUUGAGUGGAAAGCAGAAUGAGCUAAAGAAGAGGAACAGCUUCGAGGGACACGAGCUGGCGGUAGAGUGUCUGGUCAACGCAGUUCAGGAGUGUAGGAAGGCGGGACACAAGAUUAGAAGGAAGGAGGAGUAGAGGGAAUAGGAGGAGUAGUGGGACUAUAGGAGGAGUAGAGGGACUAGGAGGAGUAGUGGGACUAUAGGAGGAGUAGAGGGACUAUAGGAGGAGUAGAGGGACUAUAGAAGGAGUAGAGGAACUAGGAGGAGUAAAGGGACUAGGGGGGAAUAAAGGGACUAGGAGUAGUGGGACUAGGAGAAGUAGUAGGACUAUAGGAGGAGUAGAGGGACUAGGAGUAGUGGGACUAGGAGGAGUAAAGGGACUAAGAGUAGUAGUGGGACUAGUAGGAGCAGUGGACUUGGAGAAGUAGUAGGAGUAGUGGUUCUUACGAAAUCGUUAAUAAAGACAAAAGUAAACCAGUGAAUCUUAGUUUUGGGAUCGGAGUUUGAUUUUAUGAUGAAUUAGAAAAAGUUUAAAAUGAACUUAGAAAUUCAUGUUUUAGAUGUUUGAAAUAUUUUUUAUCAAUUGUUUAUAAAACUUAAUGUAUGUGUUUCAUCUGAUUAGUUAAAAAUUAAUCAAACAAUGUUAGAGUAUAAGUAUAGUUUAUGUUGUGUUUAAUUAAAGAGAUAGUAGACCCAAUUUUCAAGUGACCCAACAAUUUUUAACAACUGCAGUUCCCUUUAACCUUUGUCUCAGAAAAUAUGAUGGAUUUAUCUUUUUUUUAAAUCUCAAAAUAUAUUAUUUAAAAUGCGGUAUUCUAUCAAAUUGACUUUGGGCUUUAUGCAACAGGAAAGUAUGAAAGAAAUUGUUCAAAUUUUUUACUUUUUCAGAAAGUAAAACGACGAUAUCUUAUUCAGUGUUGAUCAGAUAAAGGUUUUAAA